AUGGCCUCGCAUGCCCUUCAAGGCGCCGCUCGACAUGCCUCCUUCAUCGCCAAGAGUAUAUCGCUGACGGGGCUGCGAAGGUGCGCCGUAUCGCCCAGAGACCUGACAUCCAGAGCCCAGAGACCGGCUUUGACGACGUGCCAAAGACGACAACCCUGGCUACGGCAGCAGACUCGACACCACACCACCACUACUACUACCGCGGACUCGCCAGGUCAUCCGCCAUCGUCGUCAUCGUCGUCGUCGUCCGCUUCCUCCUCCGUCUCUGCCUCCGAAGUCUCCCAUUUCUCCCGCCUAGCCUCAUCAUGGUGGGAUCCUCACGGCCCCUCGCGCCUCCUUCACCUAAUGAACCCCCUCCGCCACGACUUUAUCAAGGCCUGUCUCCGGCGAUCGCCGCCUCCAGACCAAAACUACCAAUACACCUACCUCGACAUAGGCUGCGGAGGGGGCAUCUUCGCCUCCUCGGCCGCCCGCCUCCCUUCUACGGCGCACGUAACGGCCAUCGACCCCACGCCCGACGUGAUCGCGGUCGCGAGAUCGCACGCGCGCACCGAUCCGAUCCUCUCGCGGUCCGACAAACUCGAAUACCUGAAUUGUGCGAUUGAAGACCUCGGGCCCCCUGCCGCCGAGUCUUCGCCUUCCGCUCCCGAGGGGCGCCGGCAAUACGAUAUCAUCACCCUCUUCGAAGUGCUCGAGCACAUCGACUCGCCCGCGUCGUUUCUCGAGACCGCGAUCCCCCAUCUCAAGCCUGGCGGGUGGCUUGUGGGAAGCACAAUCUCGCGCCACCCGAUCGCGUACCUUACCACCAAGCUGAUCGCGGAGGCGCCGCUGAUUGGCGUGGUGCCCAGGGGCACGCACGACUGGAACAAAUACAUCAACCCGGGCGAAUUGCGGGGGUAUUUUGAGAGUGGCGGCGCGCCUGGGCGGUGGGGGGAUUUCGUCACGCAGGGCGUGGUGUAUCUCCCUGGUCUGGGCUGGAGGAACGUGACGGGGAGUGAAGACUUCGGGAACUAUUUCUUUGGGGUUCAGAAACUGGAGUGA